AUGAGCGAGGGGAUAGGUAAUGUAGAAUUUGUUUUCAGCGAAACUAAAGCGCAACAAUCGGGAGCUAAAGGUAAAGAAAGUACUAGUGAAGUAAUUGCUGGGAAUAAAAGGGAAAAUAAUCGUGACAAUCCUCUUGAGACUCAGGUACAAACCAGGCGCUUCAGAUCUGUGCUGUCAUUUGGACAAAAAGGUGAGUCUGUUGGAAUGCUUAAGGGGCCUUGGGGGAUGGCAGUGAAUGAUAAGGAUGAAAUUGCUGUGACUGAGUUCUGGAACCACAGGGUUUCAGUGUUUAGUAGCGACGGUACCCACUUAAGAUCGUUUGGUAGGAAGGGUCUGAAUAAUGGUGAGUUUCAGUGCCCUGAAGGGAUCGCUUUUGAUAGACUUGGCAACAUUGUAGUGGCAGACUGUUUGAACCACAGGGUGCAAGUAUUUGAUCGGAACGGUAACUUUCUUAGCAAGUUUCGUGAACAAGGAAAUGGUAAUAAUAAGCUUAAAUACCCUCUAGGCUUAUCAAUAAACUGCAACGGUGAUAUUAUUGUUGCUGAUAGAGGUAACAAAUUAAUCAAGAUAUUCUCUUCUCGUGGCGAGUAUUUACGUAAAUUUGGUGGAGCAGGUUCUUUGGUCAGUCCCUUUCACUGUAUCCAACACGGUCAAUAUUUCAUAGUCUCAGACGUUGGUGAUCAUUUCGUUAAAAUGUUUAAUCUGGAGGGGAACUUUCGUUUUAAAUUUGGAAAACAGGGAAACAAGGAUGGGGAGUUCAAUGAGCCCUUUUGCUUGUCGGUGAACAAAGAAGGAUUGUUAAUGGUCUGUGAUGCAGGAAAUCACAGAGUUCAGGUAUUUGAACUGAGUGGAAAGGUUUUUUCAAAGUUUGGAAGUGAAGGUAGUGAGAGAGGAGAGUUUAAGUGUCCAGUGUCUGCCGCAAAUCUUAGUGAUGGAAGGAUAGUUGUGUGUGAUAUGAACAACAACCGAAUCCAGGUUUUUGACCAGUUAUAA